AUGGCCGCCAACAACAAUCCGCAUUCUCUCACUGAUCAGAAUGCAAAUUCUAUGCCUCUGCUUAUUCUUGAUCAUCAAUUCUCCACUACCACUGCUCUUAGGCUUCUGGUCGUUGAUCAUGAUCUUGAACACUUAAGACUUAUUCAAGAUAUGGCUUUUCAAUGCAACUAUCAAGUGACCACAUGCUUCGAGGGUUCUUAUGCUUUGAAUCUUCUUCGGGAGAGUAGUGGGUGUUUCGAUGUGGUACUAUGUGAUUUUCAUAUGCCAGGGAUAAUGGAUGAUGGUUCUCGCUUACUUGACCAUGUUCUCCAAGAAUUCAACAUUCCUGUCGUAAUGAUGUGUGCAACAGAUGAUGAGUCAUCAAGUGCAGUGAUGGAGGGUAUGAAAAAGAAAGGGGCUUGUUAUAAUUUAGUUAAACCUCUUAGCGAGCAAGAUUUGAGGAACAUAUGGCAGAAUGUGGUGGAGAAAACCCAGAAAGAAGUUUGCUAUGAUGAUGAUGAAAGCAAAGGAACAGUUAAUAGAAGGAAGAGGAGCUUAUCAACGGAAAGAGACGAUCAUGAUCAUGAUGUUCAGCCCAACACUCCUAACAAGAAGCCACGUUUUAUUUGGACCACAGAAAGGCAUCAAAUGUUCGUCGAUGCUAUACUCCAACUAGGGAUUGAUAAAGCUGUGCCAAGAAAAAUUCUAGAAUUGAUGGAUAUCCCUGGUUUGAGAAGGGAAAAUGUAAUUCUAGAAUUGAUGGAUAUCCCUGGUUUGAGAAGGGAAAAUGUAGCAAGCCAUCUCCAGAAAUAUCGGAUGCAUCUUAAGAAGAAAAGUGAGGAGACUAAACAAACAAAUAGUGAUGGGAAGAUAAAUGUUAAUAGAGAAGCUAACAAGCAACUUUGUGCAUCAUUGAGGGUUCAAGCUUCCACCAACAUUCCUCAAAUUACACAAACACUCUGUGCCAAAACAUGA